CACCCGCCCGGUGGCUGUGUUGUUUAGCGUGGGCUGGCUGGCAUAGCCUAGUGUAGACAACUCACUUUUAAAACAACCCACGGUUAAAACUAACGUUAAAAGAAGACGUCUCUUAUUUAUCAACCAUGGAGGACACGCUACGGACCAUUAAAGUGGAGGAGGACUGUGACAAUUGUCUGCUGAGUGAUAACGGAGGAAUUGUGUUUUCUUCAGGUGCUUUGGUUUGCAAGAUUGAGACCGACUCAAUCGGUUGGUCGUCAUCAUUUGCCUCCUCUAAUGGUACAGUGUCGACAACAGAAGCAAAGGUUUUCAAAGAGGAGAACUGUGAAUCGUUACUUUUCCCAAUGCCUAUCAAAUGCGACAUUGAAGAGACAACAGUGAAGGCCGAAGACUACUUGGAAGAAAGUGGUGAUGAUGGUGCUCUGAAAAUAGAUGGGGCUGACCGCCCUUGCACAGAGCAGACCUCCUCAUCUGCAGGCAUCAAAGCUGAACUGCAGCAGGGUCGAGAUGGAUCAGCCGUGGCUCCUGUCCUGAGCUCUGAGAUGAAUUAUCCUCAUCCAGAUAUAGUGUCACGGUACCAGCUGAAGAGGUUAUCAGUACGACUGGUAGACUGCUGUACAAGACGAGGUCAAGAAGGAACGAAUGGCAAGAAAAACGAAGAUGGGGAGAAACCUGAACCUGUCUUGUGUGGUGAGCGCUUCCAUGCCAGGACACGUCUGACAGCACACCAGCUCACCUGCAGAGGAAAGAAGUCCUACAUCUGCCAACACUGUGACAAAAGCUUUUCAGACGCAACAAAGCUCAGAGUGCACAACUGCAUCCAUACAGGAGAGAGGCCCUAUGCCUGCCAGCAAUGUGGUAAAUGUUUUUCAGAUGCAACAAAACUCAAAUUACCCAACCACAUCAACACUGGACAGAAGCCCCAUGCCUGCCAACAUUGUGACGAAAGUUUUUCACAGGCAGCGGAACUCAAACAACACAAAUGCGUUCACACAGGAAAGAGGCCCUAUGUCUGCGAGCAUUGUGGCAAACAUUUUUCACGGGCAGAACAUCUCAAAAUACACCAACACAUUCACACAGGACAGGGGCCCUAUGCCUGCCAACACUGUGGUAAACGUUUUUCAAAGACAAAGGAUCUCAAACGACACCAACGCAUUCACACGGGAGAGAGGCCCUAUUCCUGCCAACAGUGUGACAAACGUUUUUUACAGACAGCAGAUCUCAAACGACACCAACACAUCCACACAGGAGAGAGGCCCUAUGCCUGCCAGCAUUGUGAUAAACGUUUUUCAUGUGCAAUGAAUCUCAAACGACACCAACGUAUUCACACUGGAGAGAGGCCCUAUGCCUGCCAGCAUUGUGGUAAAAGUUUUUCACAGGCAGGACAUCUCAAAGUACACCAGUUAACCCACUCAGGAGAGAGGCCCUAUGCUUGCCCACAGUGUGACAAAAGUUUUACAAGGGCAGCGAACCUCAAACGACACCAACAUAUUCACACAGUCUUGUGUGGUGAGCGCUUCCAUGCCAGGACAAGUCUGACAACACACCAGCUCACCUGCAGAGGAAAGAAGUCCUACAUCUGCCAACACUGUGACAAAAGCUUUUCAGACGCAACAAAGCUCAGAAUACACAACCACAUUCACACGGGAGAGAGGCCCUAUGUCUGCCAGCAUUGUGGUAAAUGUUUUUCAGACGCAACAAAGCUCAAAUUACACAACCACAUUCACACUGGACAGAAGCCCCAUGCCUGCCAACAUUGUGACAAAAGUUUUUCACGGGCAAGGGGACUCAAACAACACAAAUGCAUUCACACAGGAGAGAGGCCCUAUGCCUGCCACCAUUGUGAUAAAUGUUUUUCAUGGGCAAUGAAUCUCAAACGACACCAACGUAUUCACAGUGGAGAGAGGCCCGCCUGCCAUCAUUGUGGUAAAAGUUUUCCACAGGCAGGACAUCUCAAAGUACACCAGUUAAUCCACUCAGGAGAGAGGCCCUAUGCUUGCCCACAGUGUGACAAAAGUUUUACAAAGGCAGUGAACCUCAAAGUACACAACCGCAUUCACACUGGAGAGAGGCCCUAUGUCUGCCAGCAUUGUGACAAAAGUUUUUCACAGGCAAUUUAUCUCCAAGUACACAACCGCACUCACACGGGAGAGAGGCCCUAUGUCUGCCAGAAUUGUGGUAAAUGUUUUUCAGAUGCAGGGAAUUUCCAACGACACCAACGCAUUCACACAAGAGACAAGCCUUAAGCUGGGCUUACACUGCGCGACUUUUGCACCGAUUUUGCCCCGAUUUGGCACUCGCACAACUUUUUGAGAGUCGGGCCGAUUUCUUGCUCAAUCGCAGGUCAAUCGUGAGUCUCGUGUCGUGCAGUAUACAUGGAGUAACGACAAGCGAUUUCGCCUCACGAUCGUGCAAUCGCAGGGUCGCAAGAAAAUCAAAACGGUUUGAAAUUCUGGUCGUGGCUCGUGCGUAAAUCGCACAGUUAAAGCAGUGCUACGACCUGAUUUGACACUUCACAUGCACAAAUGAAUAGGGCCGUGGGAUUCGCUAUUGAGCGCGACCUCAUCUCCACCUCAGGUGCGCAUGUUCCCAGACCGGGGAAACAUGCCUGUCGCGUCGUACGGUGGAAGCAUUUCGCUCGCAUCCGACUGUCGGCUCGUGUAGUGUGAGGACGUGAGUCGUGAGUUGUGAACUUUUAAACAGUGAAAUUCCAUCGUGCAGUGUGAGCAGAAGCUUAAGACCCACGACUGAAAAUAUCGCACAGUGUAUGCCCGGCUUUAGGGACUGUUCUCAUAUUUCUGGCGAUUGUGUUGACGCGAACGCAUUCAAUUCAUUUUCAAUAGGAUGCGACAACGUUCUCUCAAAGGCUCCUGGGAUUGUGGCACGGCAACUUUGA